CACCGUUUUCCUCAGCAGGUUAGAUAGCGCAGCAGUGCGGUGAGACGAGCCGCAGUUCUCACGCUGGAUACAUAGAAAACCCUUCCCAUGAACCCAUCUGCGAAUAUGUAGCUGAAAAACACGCCUGUAAUAUAAAUAGUGCUAAUCAUCGAGUGUGUGCUGGAUACAGGGGAGGCAGGGGUGCACAUCGGAUCAUUUAAGGGUCUGCCUUAGAGCAUCUCUACUAAGACAUCCACAGCUUUAAUGCAGUACAGUGUUGAAAUAAAUCCAAGAUGACGGAAGAGGUGAUUGUCAUCGCCAAGUUUGAUUACAUGGCCCAGCAGGACCAGGAGCUGGACAUUAAGAAGAACGAGCGUCUCUGGCUCCUGGAUGACUCCAAGUCCUGGUGGCGCGUACGAAACGCUACCAACAAGACGGGAUUCGUGCCAUCUAACUAUGUAGAACGGAAGAACAGCGCCAGGAAAGCCUCGAUUGUCAAGAACCUCAAAGACACUUUAGGGAUCGGUAAGGUGAAAAGGAAAACAGGCAUGCGUGAAACAGCCUCCAACGCGGACUCUGACUUCUACCCAGACAACGGCGAACGUCUGUACGACCUAAACCUUCCUGCUCUUGUCAAAUUCAGCUACGCGGCCGAGCGGGAAGAUGAGUUGUCGUUGGUUAAGGGCACAAGGGUCAUCGUCAUGGAGAAGUGCAGCGAUGGCUGGUGGAGGGGGAGCUACAAUGGCCGUUCGGGAUGGUUCCCAUCCAACUACGUGACAGAGGAUGCAGAUGGAUCGGCGAGCAACGACUCUGCUGGCUUGUCGGAGAAGUUGGCUGCUGUUGUUCAUAGUGCGAACGGCAACCAAGUGCUGCACACAGUACAGGCACUCUACCCGUUCAGCUCGGGCAACGAAGAAGAGCUGAACUUUGAGAAGGGGGAGAUUAUGGAUGUUGUGGAGAAGCCAGAAAACGACCCAGAGUGGUGGAAGUGUCGCAAAGCAGAUGGGCAGAUGGGACUUGUGCCGAAAAACUACGUGAAUGUUCUGCAGGAGUCACACAACUCGGCCAGCAUGGCCGGGCCGCCCACACCUGACUGUGACUACAUCGAGCCUUCAUCCAGCGGACGCUUCGCUGGCAAGCAGUGGUACUACGGGAAGGUGACGCGUCAUCAGGCAGAGGUGGCACUCAACCAGAGGGGCACAGAGGGAGACUUUCUUAUCCGGGAUAGUGAGUCCUCUCCCAAUGACUUUUCAAUAUCACUGAAAGCUCAGUCCAAAAACAAGCAUUUCAAAGUCCAACUGAAGGACAGCCUGUACUGCAUCGGACAGCGCAAGUUUAACACAAUGGAGGAGUUGGUGGAACACUACAAAAAGGCGCCCAUCUUUACCAGCGAACAGGGCGACAAACUCUACCUGGUCAAGGCUCUGGCUGCCUCCUGAUCCCAGUAAAAAGAAUAUCCAGUUAACAAGGACUACACUUCCAGACAGACUGGGAAUAUCAAGCAUUCCAUGAAAGGGAGGUACAGGGAGAGAUGGACAAAGACACUCCCAUUCAUUUGCUCAGAAACUUGCUCAUUUUAUUGAGGGACACACCCAAUGUAUCAAAAUACAGUAUGUUUAGACCAUAGGUGAUGCAAUGUAUUUUGAUGUCAACAUGUAUUAGAAUUAAAAACUAGGUCUUCUUUUGUUAAUAUAUUCUUUUCAUUAAUUUCGAAAAUGUAUUGUUCAUUUGUUCUUGAACUUCCCUGCCAAUUUUUUUUAACUGUCCUUUCAAGUGUCUGCUGUUGAAGUCCUGACCGCAGAAGAACUUUGCUCAACAUGUUUCAAGGGUCUCACAUACUAUCUGUUACUGCCUGCAUUGCCUGAACGACACAGAACUAUUGAAAUUGACUUAAUCUGCUAUAUUUAUUAGGAAUCAUUUUUCUGCAAAAUGCUCAAACAAUAAAAGUGACUUACCAAAACUUGACAAGGAUUUGCAAGAGUAUUCAGAUUUAGGCACAAUCAGAUUACACUUGAACUGCAAUCAAAACAGGAAGUCUUUGCAUCUGUAUGUUUCCAAACCUAAAUCAAAUUUGUAGUCUCAUUUAGGGCGACAUCUAUAUUUUUGAGGGGUAAAGUUACAGAAGGUCUACUUCCUUGACAAACAAGGUGCAAAUGAAUGAGGUUUGUCAGCUAGCUUUCACAAUGUAGUCCUAAAUUUGUUAUCCACACAUCUUUGGAACUGUCAGAAUCCAUGCUAUGCCAUAAGUAUGAUCUGUCGUCUCUUUUUCAAAGAGCUUAGCUGUGAUUGAUGUCUUCUACCAGACAUUUAUUUGAAUGAACGUGGGAGAUUGUGCAAGAACUUCAUUGGAGCCUGAAUUGCAAUACCAUGACUGAAGAUUAAACCACAUUGGUGCACAAAAUAGGUCUUUUAUCAUUCAGUGUUUUACUAAUAAAGCUGUCUUUCGUGAUCAAGGCCGCAGUCCUUUUGACAUAAUUGGUGUGAUUUUGUGUGGUUUUUGAUAUGGAUGGUGGUGGUGUUUGCCUGUUGGUUUGAAGCUUAAUCAGGUGUUUGCCUUUCCUUUGCUUUGUUUGGCACUCAUUUGGCUGCUCACUUUCUCAAAUGAGCAGGUAUUGUAGCGUAGAGGAUGAAUGAAAGCGUGUCAGCGUGAAGGCAGCAUUGUGAGCUCAUGUUUCAAGGAAGGAUCUACUUCGCUUGGCGAUCAAGAUCUACAGUGCUGCUUCCUUGUAGUUUUCAUCAGGUUAUGAUAAACGGUGAGAGAUGUUCCAUUGAGAAUCAGAUGUUUAUAUGUAAAACUUAGUAGAUAAGUAUGUUUGAUGGACCAGGCAAUGGAAAAGACACUUCCCUAGACACGUCUCUAUUUCAAAUUGGAAAAACAUGGAAGUUGAUGGAAGACUCAUGAGGAGGGUGAUGAUCUGGGCUCUCCUCCAGGAGACCAUCACUGUGACAAUGAUUACUUCUCCAGCUGUUUGGAGCCGGACUGAGGCCAGAGUUGAGGAAUGGGGAUUUUUGGGGAGUGUGUGGAAAAAUCGCUGAGACAUGCAGAGUUUGGUCGAGCGACUUGGUCUUGUCAGAUUUCUGUCAAUAUGACACUCUGUGUGACUUAAGUUGUUUAGGACAGUGGUUCUCAACUAGUUUUGCUUCAGGACAAAGUGUUUACUCAAUAGUACCAAACAUUAUAUGAUUUAGUUGAGUAGUUUUGUUGAUGGUUUUUGAGGAUGUCAAGCAACCAGACCUUGUUGGAUGACAUCCACCAAGACCUUAUCAGAAGAACCCAAAUUUUAUCCCAACUUGUUUUGAAUGAGGGAUUUCUCAGAUGUGUAGUCUUAUCACAUAGUUUGUGCUUAAUAACGUGCCUUCAUCUCAGUUGUUGGAACCAAAGGUUUGGUGUUCCUCUACGCUAUUCUAUGAUGCGCACAUUGUUAUUUGAGUAUCGCUUUGCAUAUGCGCAAUGCGUCCCUGAUAAGUGACUGAUGUUCACGGACCAUGUCCUGGUCAUACAAACGUUCCCAUUGGGGAACUUAUCAUGAUUUGUCUCCUGACUGAAGUGACCUUACCAUAUGGACCUUAGUCAGGGUAAAAGCCAUAUUUAAGUUCACCUGCCUGGAAGUUUCUAGUAAUCCUGAAGACUUUGAUAAGAUGCUUCAGGUAUGUUUAAUUGGAGUUGGAGGUAAAUUCAGCAAGAAGCAUUGGAUAACCCCUAAUUAUACCAUUGUAUACCAUUGUAAUACCUUGCUGAACAAAGCUCAUUGUUGCUUCAAAUUAGCCUAAAUAUGGCGUCAAACUUGACUAAGGUGAGUAGACCUAGCAAACAUGGUUACCUAUUAAUGUCUGUGCUGGAUAUGAGUAUACCUGUGCUUUAGACUGCUACCUAUCAGCUUGUGAGGUAACUAAGAAUAAAAGCAGUGGUUAUCAAUCAUGUAGACCCAACCAACAAGUUUUUUUUCUUCUUUAGGUUGUGACCAAAUAACUUUGUCCUUUCUUUUGGGAACAUGGUGAUGUUCACUGAUGUUGAACAGCGCCGUAUAGACUGAAAACCUUAUUUGUGUCAGGUCUGCAUCACAUGUAAAUUAAAUGUCAUGCAAGAUGCAUUGUAACAAAGCAUGGACAAUGCCUAGACUAUGGCUAUGUUCACACUGUCAGUCUACAUCCGAUUAUUUGUGUAUCUGAUCUGAAUCUGAUCUGUCCACAUUUUGAAUAGCAACUGUUGGAUCUGAUUUGUGUGUUCCGUGGCACCCUUUCGUUUUCCGGAAUAGCCUAUCCGCAUUGGCUUCUAUGGCAUUGACGUUGCGUUAGGCAUACACCAAAAACAGCAACAUGAAAGGGUUUGCAAUACAAAAAUUGGCUUAUUUACAACACAAUGCGUAGCCGUCAUGCUGGACUACUACGACUUGAGGCAGUGACAGAAACGUAGGAGUCUGGUGUGUGCGGCUUUAUUCAGUGGCGUCGUCUCCGCCAGUCUUAAAACUCAACAUGUCCCCAUUAUAAUGUCAUUUUCUGCUCGACCAGCACGUUGCAACAACACAACCUUGUUUCUGCAGUGACUUUUGGCAUGUUUCAUAUAACGUCUGACAUGUUUAUGUUUUACGCAGCGUGAGAAAGUGACAUAAACCAUGAGAAAUCCGAUCAGAGCAGUCAGACUGAAAUGGAUUUCCAGAAAUGCGAUUUGAAUAGAAUUUCAAACCACAUUUGUAUGUAGCCAAAGUCCCUUUAACUUGAUAUUUAGCCCCCAAGUCAGGGGCUAAAUAUCACGUUAUUUGGGGUUGCUUCAACCCGCGGAAAAUGAAAAACAACCUGCAGCAACAGUGUAAAAGUAGCCCAAUUCCACAUCCACGACCACGUCCUAUCUAUUUGAAUGGGGGAAUCCUGAAAUCUCAAAAACUGCUUGGCGAACUCACAAUUAAAUAACAUAUUUCAAAUCAGCAACAAAAUCUGACAUGAACUGUCCCAUAAAUGCUGUUUCUUAUGCUCUAAUAGCGCUAAAACGAUUAUUUUUUUCAGGCUAGACGAGCCAAAGCGCAUGUGCAGACCUAAGCGCGAGUCUCAGGUUUCAAUGGGAACCGGAGCUUCUAACAGUAGCUGCAGUGACGCAAUGACUUUAUCAAUCAGCGACUGGCUCUUUUAUUACUUAGAAGGAGGGACGUGUUCCGCCAUAUUGCGCGUUGCAGUUUCUCCCAUUCAAAGUAAUAGGAGUGAACCGUCUUCUAUAUCUACAGUCUUUGAUGUAGCUCAAAAAGUUUUCGUUAAAAUCACUUUUCAUGGUGUUUGUUUUUUUGCCAUUCAUACUUGCUAAAUAUGAUCGGAUUCCAAUCGAAUAUGCACAAAAAUCGGAUUUGGACUGACAGGCUCCAGACUGAACCGUUUCCACAGAUGGCCCUGGAGGUGCUGUGAAAAUGAAAUGUAGAUGUAUGCUCAGUCUCCACGAAGAUGAAACUCUUCCUCUUAUGUAAUAGGAGUUUAUUGAUCUGUACAAAGGAAGAAAUAAACUACAUGAAUCAAUAUUGACAUCUCUUUUAUGUCAUCCAGAGCAAAACAUGUGGUGUCACAGAACUCAAGUGGUUAAAAAGUACAUACAAAAGCUUAAUAAUACGAGUAAAUGUCAUAUGAAAUGUUAACCUGCAUGAUAUUGUGUUUCACUGCAGUGGAAAUUAUACUGCUGGCAUUUGAUGAAGUCCUGCUGGGAAUCAUAAUGACUUCACACAUGCUGUGCGUAAGACAAUUAAGACAAGAAAUAGGCAAUAUUCAUACUGAAACAAUGUGAGACAUGUCAGCUAUAGGAAGAGAAAGGACUUGAUAGAGAACAGUAGGGACACCGUGUGACCAUUACGACUGAAAUGACUUGCGUUUACAUAGUUCCCUAAAUACAAAAAUGUACUCUCCGUGAUUUUGCAACUGAAACCCGUGAAAAUCCCUAAAAUAUUAGAUGCAGAUGACCAUACUGUAUUGUUACGUUUGAUUGCAACAUCAGUUAUAUUAAGUAUAAAAAAAAUGUAGUGGAAGUAUCAUAACUAGUCUUAAGGAAUGUACUGAAACUAGCAUAGAGACUUUACUUGCUUUCACAUUCACAGGAAAUCAAGCCUGAAAGCCAUGAAAACACUGUUGUUCCUCAUUAGGCGAUAAUAAACGAGCAAAGACAUUCCUCAUUACGCUAUUUGAUGAUAAUACUGUUAGUGUGGAACACACCUUUUGAAAAAGAGGUUGAUGGCAACAGAUGCCAGCUCAACUGCUCCCUCCGGUGGCCAACAUGAGAUAUUACAAACAUGCCAAUAUGUCACACAUGUUAUCCACCCUAUAUUUGUAAACUCAGGAUUAGUGAAUCCCAAAUUGUAGUGUUUUGGAAUGGCAUACUAUAUCUAGUGGAUUUAUUGAGGUGUUUAGGCUAAUAACGCCCAUAAGCACUUGCACUACAGAAGAGUAGCGGUUAGUGAUGAUUCUCAAAUAAGUUUCAAUCAUUUAAAAGAAGCGAGUAAUCCAAGGCCGAAACUGCCACAGCAGUCGUUAAUUUUAUCAUCCUUAAUUUAAAGUAGUAAUAAAAUUAAAUCAAUAAUUUAAGUAGAUGCCAAUGUUUACACGCUCAAUUUUAUGUGGUUGUUUCUAGCAUUCUGGCUAUGUUCAAAAUUGACUACUGUACAAUAUGAACACUAUAAAAUCUUACUGACCCAAAACGUUUUGUGUAUGCAGCAACAGUAAGAACAGUGUGCUAUUUUAAACACAGCCAGUCUUACUACAUACCCUUAACAGCAAAGGAUGUCAUUUUAUUGCAUAGCAGAAGUAUGCAAUUUGGGAUGCUGCAUAUGAUUCAUUUCAACAUUUGAAAUGUUUCAGCACAUUUAUUCGUAGAUGUGGAUGGCGAGUGAUCUCAUAAUCGAAUGAUCCAGAUUCUUGGAAGCAAAGGGAAUGCUGAUAGGGAAUAUGUGUCGACCCUGUAACCCUUUCAAACCCUCACUCUUUCUGUUUCUCCAGAGAAAGCAGUGACAGAACCACAGGCGUCUCUUUUGUUCAUCUCUGGUUCCAUCCUUCAUUGAAAAGACCCACAUUUAGACUUCUGCCACAUCACCAGUCAGCUGGGACGCUCCAAAUAAUGCUGCUUUUCACUGCUUCUGGCUUUAGGCCGCAGGUUAUUCAUGAUCGCUCUAUGGAAAUGUCUGCAGGGCCAAAUCAAAAUACUGUAAAGUAUUCAAAUUUCCAAAAUAUGAUAAAGUGCAUACAGUUAAACUCAAAGGAAUAUGUGGGGCAAAGUAAUGUUGACUCCUGUGAUAUUUCCUGUAGUAGGCCAUACAUGGUUAUAUAUAGUUUUAGUUGUAUUUUACCCAGAAUAAUCCUUUGAACUGCCCCUAUUAUGCUAUUUUAAAGGUUCCUGAUUGUGUUUUGGAGUCUCCGACAACAUGCAUUCAAGGUCGAGAGAAAAAAAAAAAAAAACACUUUCAUUUUCUCACAAUAAAAAUUGCAUCAUCAGCUCUUUUCUUACAGUUUCUGAAACAGUUCAAUAAAGGAUCCGGUCUCUCUAAAUUAGGGUUGCAAAGGGGCGGAAAGUUUCUGGUAAAUUUCUGGAAACUUUCCACGGGAACUUAACCUGGGGAAUUUUGGAAAUAUUCCAAUUUGGAAACUUAACCAGAAUUUACGAGAAUUUAUGGGAAUUUUUGGGAAUUAAUUGAAAAUUUUGGGAAAUUUAUAUAAAUUUAAAAUAUUUAUAUAAAAUGUAUCAUAUACAAACAUAAAUAUAAACAUUUUGUUUGGUCAUAACAUGAAAUAACAGUUAUUUCUUUUUCAAAUUCAAUUAAUUCUAAUUUAGUAAAUAUGUUAAAUAAAUACAUUUAAUUGCAGCAAUUGUUAUGUGUUAUUUAUUUCUGUGUCACACGAUCCUUCAGAAAUCAUUCUAUUAUGCUGAUUUGAUACUCAGUUAUCAUCAAUGUUGGAAACAGUUUUGCUGCUUAAUAUUUUUUUUCAGGAUUCAUUAAUGAAUAAAAAGUUAAAAAGAAGAGUAUUUAUUUAAAAUAGAAAUCUUUUCUAACAAUAUCACUUCAAUAUCAAUUUCACACAUUCUUGGUGAAUAAAAGUAUUAAUUUCUUUCAAAAAAAGAAAGAAAAAUUUUUGAAUGGUAGUGUAUAUUGUUAAAAAAGAUUUCUAUUUAAAAUAAAUACUGUUCUUUAAAUUUUUAAAGCAUCACAGGUUAUAAAAAAUAUUAAGCAGCACAAUUGUUUCCAACAUUGAUAACUGAGUAUCAAAUUGGCAUAUUAGAAUGAUUUCUGAAGGAUCAUGGGACACUGAAAAAUGUAGAAAUUAUGCUGAAAAUUCAGCUUUGCAUCAUAGAAAUAAACUAUAUUUUAAUGUAUAUUAAAAUAGAAAACCAUUAUUUUUUUUAAAAAAUUGUAGUUAUAUUUCACAAUAUUACUGUUUUUUUCUUUAUUUUUGAUCAAAUGUGCAUGUUAUGGACUGGGGGAAUGCACAGUUCAUGCAGGGGGUGUGGCCUUAAUAGCCCUGGGUAAGUCGUGUGCUGUGUGAAUGUGAUUGAGGAAUGUGCAGGGUAAAAAUUUAACUGAAAUUACAUUAAAUCUGGUUGUUUUAACCAAAAUUAUGCUGCAAGAUGUUUUUUCAACUACAUUUAAGUACCCUGUUAAAGGCUAACCUGCAAUUUUGCAAAUUCCCUGUUUAUUCCCAUAUAUUCCCGUUAAUUCCCAUGGAAAGUUUCCAGCUUUGAAAAUUCCCUGCAAUUUUGCAACCCUACUCUAAAUCCCUCCUUUUUGAGAGCUUCCUCUGCCCUGAUUGGUCAGAUGACGCAGUCUGUUGUGAUUGGUCUACUCUGCUCUGAUUGGUCAGAUAACCCAAUUGGUCCGAAAUCAAAUACUUUCUUGAGUAGGUGCUACAUUUGAAUGUAAAUUUACUUCAUGACUGUUGAAAAAUUACGUUCUAUAUAGUACGAAUGUGUGUAGUAUGAAUGAAAUCUGGACGUACUACAUCCGCCAUGUUGUUACUGUCACAUGACCUACCAGCGUCAGUUACGUCCCUUCAACUCCAUUCACAAAUCCUCUCCUGUCGCCUCAUGGGAUAGUAAAUUGUCCAUUGUAUGCGCAUUUCAGAAUCUCGCCGGAAGUAGUAAGUCAUCCGGGUACUUUUCGCCUACUGUUUUCAAGUACUAUGAAUUCGGAUAUACUACUCUGUUU